AUUAUAGUAGAAUAUUGUGAAAAGAUUUACCACUACGUUGAUAAAAUUGAAAUCUUCAAAACUAUAUUGAAAUAUGUACAAUUGGUAUAGGGCUAAUUAGUAAUUUUCCCUCUAAUCUUGUCUAGUCUUCCCUUCCCUCACCCCUUCCUAAUUCCCAAUGAUUAAAACUGGUUCAUCUUCAAGAUUCUACCAUCCUCGUCAACUUCCAUUGAUCGAUUCAGCUACGACCCUCCCAGUCGUUAAACGGCGAGAUGAAGAACAUGAAACCACUUCUCUUAUUCCUCUUCAUCUCCAUCUCGCUCGAAGCACUCGCGGUCUCGGCCACCGGCAACAACAUUGACGCAUACUCGCCGACUAAUGAUAUCGCUGUCAAUUGCGGCUCCCCCAGCAACUCAUCUGUGUCCGACCGGACUUGGAUCGGAGAUGCCGCUGACGGUUCGAGCUACUCUCCAAGUGAUGAAACUCGCUCCUCUAUCAUUGCAAGUGCAAACCGUUCAUCUCCCUCCUUCCACAGCGGCAUACCAUACGACACUGCUCGUCUCUCCCGCUCUGAAUUCGCCUACGCUUCUUCCCUUUCGACUUAUCUCAACUUCCGCCGUGCCGAUUCGUUCUUCUCGGUCAAGGCCGCCGGCCACACUCUGCUCCGCAACUUCAGCGCUUCCCUCUUUUCCAAUUAUAACGGCUCCAUGAGCUUCCACAAAGAGUUCUGCUUAACUGUCGGACGUCCAUUUUCUAGUGGAUCGGACGUCCGACCUCUUGUGAAAACUGGCAACCGGCUGCAACUGGAUCAUUCGACGGUCUGGGCCCUUCCAUCUCAAUCUAACGGCUGACAUUUGUGAGGAUACGGCACUAGAUUAAAACCUUAGAAGUCUCCGGCUAAGCAUUGGUGGAUUAAACCGGUGUAGGAUACACCAAAUGUACCUCAACCGCAGCUUGUUUCGAUAGACUCAGAGGUGGGGAAAAUUAUCAAA